CGGGCCUGAAAACCCAGGAUGGACUGGUGUCUGUCCCAGAGAUCACUGCAGGAGUCGUGAGGGGCCCUGGGUGUCACCAGUUUGAACCAGUCCCUGGGCACCUUCUCUGUCAUUGCCCGUGGUCAUCCUGGACCAUCGACGAGGAGGGAGAUUGUCUCUUUGAAGAGGGAGUGGUUCUCCCCCUCGACUUUAGGACAGAGCUGUGAUAACCACAGCAUGCCGCCUCCCAGAACGAAGGAGGGCGGGGAUCCCAGCAAGGAGGAGGCCCUCGAGAAAUGGGACUGGAAUUGUCCAGAGACACGACGCAUUUUCGAGGAUGCCUUUUUCCGUGACGAGGAUCAUAUACUCCAGGGUUCGGAGGAGUGCCAGAAGUUCUGGGCCUUCUUCGAACGCUUGCGGAGAUUCCAGAAUCUCAAGGCCACCAGUAAGGGGGAGAAGGCCCCCGCGCGUCCCCAGCACAGCAUCCCAGCCCUGGCUGACCUACCUCGCACUUACGACCCACGCUACCGCAUCAACCUCUCGAUCCUGGGCCCCGACACCCGGGACUCCCGGGGGCUGGCCAGGCAGCCCCCGGAGAGAGUGGCCGAGUUCCGCCGAGCCCUGCUGCACUACCUGGACUUCGGCCAGAAGCAGGCGUUCGGCAGGUUGGCCAAACUGCAGCGGGAGCGGGCGGCGCUUCCCAUCGCCCAGUACGGGAACCGCGUCCUGCAGACGCUGAAGGAGCACCAGGUGGUGGUCGUGGCCGGGGACACGGGCUGUGGCAAGUCCACCCAGGUGCCCCAGUACCUGCUGGCCGCCGGCUUCAGUCACGUGGCAUGUACCCAGCCACGGCGGAUCGCCUGCAUCUCCCUGGCCAAGCGAGUCAGCUUCGAGAGCCUCAGUCAGUACGGCUCGCAGGUUGGCUACCAGAUCCGCUUUGAGAGCACGCGGACGGCAGCCACCAAGAUCGUGUUCCUGACAGUGGGGCUGCUCCUGCGGCAGAUCCAGCGGGAGCCCAGCCUGCCGCGGUACCAGGCCCUCAUAGUGGAUGAAGUCCACGAACGGCACCUCCACAACGACUUCCUCCUGGGUGUCCUCCGGCGCCUGCUGCCCCAGCGGCCGGACCUCAAGGUCAUCCUCAUGUCAGCCACCAUCAACAUCUCGCUCUUCUCCAGCUACUUCGGCAGCGCCCCGGUGGUGCAGGUGCCCGGGAGGCUGUUCCCCAUCACGGUCGUGUACCAGCCACAGGAGGCCGAGCCACCAGCGUCCAAGUCCGAGAAGCUGGACCCCCGGCCUUUCCUCAGGGUGCUGGAGGCCAUUGACAACAAGUACCCCCCCGAGGAGCGGGGCGACGUCCUCGUCUUCCUCAGUGGCAUGGCGGAGAUCAGCUCGGUCCUGGAGGCCGCCCAGGCGUACGCCGGCCGCACCCAGCGCUGGGUGGUGCUGCCGCUGCACAGCGCCCUCUCCGUGGCCGACCAGGACAAGGUAUUCGAUGUGGCUCCCCCUGGAGUUCGGAAAUGCAUCCUCUCCACCAACAUCGCCGAGACCUCUGUCACCAUUGAUGGGAUCCGCUUUGUCGUCGAUUCUGGGAAGGUGAAGGAGAUGGGCUACGACCCGCAGGCCAAGCUGCACCGGCUGCAGGAGUUCUGGAUCAGUCAGGCCAGUGCCGAGCAGCGCAAGGGCCGGGCCGGCCGCACGGGCCCUGGCGUCUGCUUCCGGCUCUAUGCUGAGUCCGACUACGAGGCCUUCGCCCCCUACCCGGUCCCCGAGAUUCGGAGGGUGGCGCUGGACGCACUGGUGCUGCAGAUGAAAAGCAUGAGCAUGGGGGACCCGCGAACCUUCCCUUUCAUUGAGCCUCCGCCACCAGCCAGCCUCGAAACGGCCAUCCUCUACCUCCGGGACCAGGGGGCCCUGGACAGCUCCGAGGCCCUCACCCCCAUCGGAUCCCUGCUGGCCCAGCUGCCUGUGGACGUCGUGAUUGGGAAGAUGCUGAUCCUGGGCUCCAUGUUCCACCUGGCGGAGCCCGUGCUCACCAUCGCGGCUGCCCUCAGCGUCCAGUCACCCUUCACCCGCAGCGCCCAGAGCCACCCGGAGUGUGCGGCGGCACGGCGGCCCCUGGAGAGUGACCACGGGGACCCCUUCACGCUCUUCAACGUCUUCAACGCCUGGGUGCAGGUGAAAUCUGAGCGGAGCAGAAACUCACGCAAGUGGUGCCGCCGCCAGGGCGUAGAGGAGCACCGGCUGUACGAGAUGGCCAACCUGCGGCGCCAGUUCAAGGAGCUGUUGGAGGACCACGGGCUGCUGGCCCGGGCACAGGCCGCAACACCAGGCGACAGCUCGCGCCGGCUGCAGGAGCGCCGGGAACGCAGGGAGCUGUACCGCCUGAAACGCCAGCAUGAGGAGGGCGGGGGGCGGCGGCGCAAGGUGCUGCGGCUGCAGGAGGGCAUGGACGGCGGCUCCAGCGACGAGGACCGGGGGGCCGGUGAUGGCGUGGACAUCCAGGAUGUGAAGUUUCAGCUGCGGCAUAGCCUGGAUCAGCUACAGGCGGCCACCAGCUCGGCCCAAGACCUGACACGGGACCAGAUGGCGCUGCUCAAGCUGGUGCUGGGCCGGGGCCUCUACCCGCAGCUUGCCGUCCCGGACCCGUUCAACAGCAGCCGCAAGGACUCGGACCAGAUCUUCCACACGCAGUCCAAGCAGGGGACCGUGCUGCACCCCACCUGCAUCUUUGCCAACAGCCCGGAGGUACUGCACACGCAGGAGCAGGCGGCCAGGGGCGGCGAAGCCAGCCGAGAUGACAAGGACAAGGUGAGCAGCAAGCACCAGCUCCUCGCCUUCGUCUCGCUGCUGGAGACCAACAAGCCCUACCUGGUGAACUGCGUCCGUGUCCCCGCUCUGCAGUCCCUCCUGCUCUUCAGCCGGUCCCUGGACACCAACGGCGACUGCUCGCGCGUGGUGGCUGACGGCUGGCUGGAGCUCCAGCUUGCGGACGGCGAGAGCGCGCUCCGGCUUCUGGCAGCUUCUGUGCGGCUCCGGACCCAAUGGGAAAGCGCCCUGGACCGGCAGCUGGCCCAUCAGGCCCAGAGGAGGCGGCCAGAGGUGGACAAAGGGGAGGACACGGCGGCUCCGGGGGACCGCAGGGAGGUGGCAGACCUGAGCCGGGACCUGCUGCGGUUUGUGGCAUCUGAGGUUCCCUACAGCCUCCGGCGGCUCACAGGGCUGGAAGUCCAGAACCUAUAUGUGGGACCCCAGACCGUCACCGCUGCCCCCAGUCUCCCGGGCCUCUUUGGCAGCUCUACCCUCUCCCCCCACCCCACCAAAGGGGGCUACGCAGUCACUGACUUUCUCACCUACAACUGCCUUGCGAGUGACACGGACCUGUACAGUGACUGUCUCCGCACCUUUUGGACCUGCCCCCACUGCGGCCUGCACCUGCCCCUGACGCCCUUGGAACGCAUCGCCCAUGAGAACACGUGCCCCGAGGCCCCGCAGGACGGCCCCCCAGGGGCAGAGGAAGCCGCCCCCGAACCCGUCCAGAAGACAUCUGCCCUGCAGAGGCCCUACCACUGCGAGGCCUGCCAGAAGGACUUUCUGUUCACGCCCACAGAGGUGCUGCGCCACCGGAGGCAGCACGUGUGAGCGGGGCCAGGAGCCCCACCUGUCACUCUCUC